CUCUCUAAAUCCUUGAAUGUGAAACCCCUACCCCCCCUCUCUUCCCCGGUUCCUGGAAAGUGUGGAGACUGUGGAGUCUUUAAGAAUUUUUAAUGCCCUCUCCGUCUAUAUAAUGCAUGGUCCAUACAGCGCAGAGAAACACAGGUGGUGUGUUAGCUUUUAUCAGACAGACAGAGAGAGAGAGAGAGAGAGAGGCGGAAAGUGGGGUUGCUUGUUUGCUGAGUUAAACGUAGCAUGGAUCGCCAUGUCCGGCCAUAUGACUCGGCGGUGACUCAGUCUGAUGAUGUGGUGGUGACGGUGAUUGAUCAUCGUAACAAUAAUAAUGAUGAGGUUGGGGCGGUCUCUUUGCGCAGCGCUCGGUUUCACGACCUCAACCGUUUAAUUCAAUCCCCGCCAACGUUGGACAACAAGGUUGCAGGAAAAUGGCAAAAUCUGUUACUUGCUUACAAGACAUUGGGAGUCGUCUUUGGUGGGCUAGUUACAUCUCCACUGUAUGUUUAUCCUUCAAUGCAACUCAAAUCUCCAACAGAAGAAAACUAUUUGGGAAUCUUCAGCAUUAUUUUCUGGACUCUUAGUCUAAUCGGAGUUGUCAAGUAUGCCAGUAUAGCUGUCAGGGCUGAUGAUCAGGGUGAAGGUGGAACUUUCGCCCUCUAUUCGUUACUAUGUAGGAACAUAAACAUCAAUAUCCUUUCUUCAAAACAUUCAUGCACAAAAUCAAGCACUGCUGAAAAGCCAAGUAAACUCGGUAAAUUCUUUGAAGCGAGCUUGGUUGCCAGAAGGGUGUUGCUUUUUAUUGCAAUUUUAGGCAUGUGCAUGCUAAUUGGUGAUGGUGUACUUACUCCUGCAAUUUCAGUGUUGUCAGCAAUGGAUGGCAUUAGGGCACCUUUUCCAUCAUUUAGUAAAACCUGGGUGGAAGUCUUGUCAGCAGUUGUCCUCAUUGUUUUAUUCCUCCUGCAGAAGUAUGGUACCUCGAGAGUGAGUUUCCUUUUCUCUCCUAUAAUGGGGGCAUGGACCCUCACUACUCCUCUUGUGGGAAUUUAUAGUAUCAUAAAGCAUUACCCCAGCAUCUACAAGGCAAUAUCACCCCAUUACAUAUUCUCCUUCUUUUGGAGAAACGGGAAGGAAGGCUGGCUGUUGCUCAGUGGUACAAUCCUUUGCAUUACAGGUUCUGAGGCGAUGUUUGCUGAUCUUGGUCAUUUCAACAAAAGUUCAAUUCAGAUAGCUUUUCUCUUCACAAUAUAUCCAUCCCUAGUUCUGACAUAUGCUGGCCAGACUGCUUACUUGAUCAGAAACCCAUAUGACCAUCAGGAUGGGUUUUACAAGUUUAUACCAUCUCCUGUUUACUGGCCCAUGUUUGUGAUAGCCACACUGGCUGCUAUUGUAGCUAGCCAGUCAUUGAUUUCUGCUACAUUUUCAAUUAUCAAACAGUCUGUUGCACUUGAUUAUUUCCCUCGGGUCAAGAUAGUCCACACAUCAAGCAGGCAAGAAGGAGAGGUGUAUUCUCCAGAAGUCAACUAUAUUCUGAUGGUUAUUUGUGUUGCUGUCAUACUAAUAUUUGGAGAUGGGCAAGAUAUUGGAAAUGCUUUCGGAGUUGUUGUCACCAUGGUCAUGCUUAUUACAACCAUUAUGCUGACUUUAGUCAUGAUCAUUAUUUGGAGAACUCCGCCUGUUCUAGUUGCACUGUAUUUCGUUAUCUUUUUCGUGAUGGAGGGUGUCUAUGUGAGCUCUGUCUUCACUAAAAUUCCAGAAGGUGGUUGGAUUCCAUUUGCCAUUUCUGUCAUGCUAGCUUUUAUUAUGUUUGGCUGGUUCUAUGGAAGGCAGAGAAAGAUAGAGUAUGAGUUAACACACAAGAUAGACGUGGACAGUCUUAAAGCACUGCUAUCUGAUCCCGGCAUCCAGAGGGUUCCUGGACUAUGUUUUUUCUACACUAAGAUUCAAGAUGGGCUGACUCCAGUACUUGGUCAUUACAUGAAGAAUAUGAAAUCCCUACACAAUGUUACUGUUUUUACAACUCUUAGAUACUUGCUGGUUCCAAAAGUCCCCGCACAUGAGAGAAUUAUUGUCAAUAAAUUGGGCCUCAAAGGAGUUUAUGGGUGUGUGAUUCAGUAUGGCUAUGCAGAUUCUCUUAGCCUUGAAGGCGAUGACUUUGUUCUUCAAGUUACCAACAGCUUGCAGAAUCAUGUACGUGAUUCAUCUGAUUGUGCGCAAUCAACUACUUCCUUGGAUGAAGAAAUUGAUGACAUAAAAGAGGCAAAGCUAGCCGGUGUGGUUCAUGUACGCGGGAAGACAAGGUUUCAUAUCGGUAAAAGUUGUAGCUGGUUUGACAGAACUAUGCUUGCCUUUUAUGAAGUUCUGCACAGUAAUUGCAGGUCUUCUCUACCUGCUAUGGGUAUCCCACUGCCACACUGCAUAGAGGUUGGUAUGCAUUAUGAAGUGUAAGGAGAAAACACCAACCCUGAUAUGUGGGGUGUUCUUUGGGCUAACAUGAUUUCGGUUAUUGUGCUAGAGGUGUACAAGAUUAUAGUAGGAAGUCAUGCAGAUGGACCAGUACACUUAAAACUAAACUAAAUGUUGGGGUAUUGAAGUAAUGCAGUUCCAAAAGUAAGUUUUGAUCUAUAUGCUUUAGACAUUUAGGAGGGACUAUAACUAAUAUAUCUUUACUUGAUUCCAGUGUCAUCUUUUAGACACUCUUAAGUCAAAUAUGCUAUGAAUGGUAUAUAAUUUGUGCAGUCAA